AUGGCGGGAACUCUGGGCUCGUUCUGGGUCGUCCUCGCCUUUACAGCGGUUGCGACGACGGCGACGGUCCGAGAGACGCCAGCCGCCACAGGCACCGAGGCCACCAGCUGCAACUCGGACCUGUUCUCGCUGAUCCCGCGGUGCAUCCUGUACGUCAUGCAGCCGGACAACCCGAAGGAGGUCCCGUCACAGGCGUGCUGCGACGCCUACCGGGAGGUGGACGUGCCGUGCCUGUGCUCCAAGGUGGACAAGGGCAUCGAGGAGAUCAUCAGCAUGGCCAAGGUCGUGUUCGUGGCCGGCUACUGCAAGCGGCCGUUCGCGCCUGGCGCCAAGUGCGGAAGCUACACCAUUCCUCCCAAGGUCCAAUGA